AUGUCUCAAUCCACGUACAAAAAGAACAAAAACAGCAAUCAACAAAAGAAGGUUUCCUUCGAUACGAAAACGGAUACACCUUCAUCAGCUGCCAAGAAUGGUAGCGCAUUGAAAGUCAGUGGAUGUCACAACUGUGGUAGCAAGGAACACCACAAGAGGGCGGAUUGUCCGGCAUCUGGUAGAGAGUGUCGCGCUUGUGGCAAACGUGGCCACUUUUCGUCCGUCUGCAAUGGAGAGAAGUACAAGAAGUCGGGCGAUGUACGCUCAAUCAGCGUCCACUCCACUACGGUCGGUGCAUUCACAGCAGCCGAACUAGUUGAUAUCUUCGUUGCUCCCAAAGGUGCUUCAGCGUCUGCUGCCCAGGUGCGCUUCCUUCCAGACAGUGGAGCCGAACUCGACGCCAUCCCGCGCGAAAUAUUUCGCCGGGCCUUUCAAGGCGUCAAACUUGCUCCAGCCGCUUCUCCAGAGACAGCCACAGGAUCGCCGAUCGUGACCGAUGGUACAUACAGCGCUACGCUCAACUGGAAAGCAGACGACGACGAGAGACGGCUCAUCACAGCAACAGUUCACGUUCUACAAGAUCUUAAGCAGGCCGUGCUCUCCAAAUCGUCUCAAAAGAAACUAGGUGUGUUGCCUGAAUCAUACCCUCAUGCUCGUGUGAGCACGCUCGCCUGGUCGGCCAUCACAAAUGUCGAAACGGACAGCAGUCCGAGUUCAUCCCUGCUCUUUCCCCACCUCCUCUCGCGCCCACCAGCACCAAUGACGGUGGCAGCACUCGAGUCAGGCGUCACAGGUGAAAGAAAAGCAGCCGAUCUCAAGAACUUUAUGACCGAUUUCCGGGUCAUUUUCGACGGUGUGUGCCGCCCAAUGAAAGGCCCGCCUUGUCAUUUCGAACUGAAUACAGACGCUACACCGGUUCCGAUGCGCGGAUCACGCCCGGUCGCGGUCCCACUCAUGCAGAAGCUCAAAGACAAGCUCGAGCUCCAGGAAAAGCAAGGCAUCAUUCGUAAAGUGACUGAACCGACGGCUUGGGUUCAUCCAAUGGUCGUAGUGCUAAAAAAGUGCGGCGGGAUCCGUGUCACCGUGGAUUUCCGUUUUCUCAACGACGAAAUCAUCCGCCCACGCUUUAAGUCGCUCACCCCGUUCCAGGCCGUUCGCACCAUCCCGAAAGAUUCCAAUACGUCCGUCUCCCAAUGGGCAUCAUUCACGCCGGCGAUGAUUUUGAAAGACGGAGUCUCUGAUGUAUUCGACGACAUCCCCAAAACACGUCGAGUCGUGGAAGAUAUCCUGAUUUUCUUUCCAACCUACGAGGAACACGUGGAAGCAGUCCGUCAAGUUUUUUCCCGUGCGAAGGAGCACAGCAUCUCUCUUAACUCUCGCAAAGUGAUUUUUGCCGAGCCAUCUGUUCCGUUCGGCGGAUUUAUUGUCGACGCGGAAGGUUUCCGCCCGUACCCUGCUCUCCUCAGUGCAAUUUCUCAAUUCCCGACGCCGCUGAAUAUUACUGACCUCAGAGCCUUUUUUGGCCUCUGCCAGCAGCUUGGAAAUGUUUCCCACGACAUCUCUAGCGCGCUCGUCCCUCUCUCGCCUCUUUUGAAGAAGGGGCUCAUCUUCGAAUGGACUUCGACCCACGACGACGCCUUCAAAGCAGCACGUAGGGCCCUAUCGGCUCAUCAUAGCUUAGCAUUCUACGAUCCCGCUCUUCCAACUUCCCUCCACGUCGACGCUUCCCGUCUGAACGGUUUAGGAUUUCUCCUCAAAAAACAAGGCGCCGACGCCAAGUGGACGGUCGUUCAAGCUGGAUCACGCUUUUUGUCAUCCGCCGAAUCUCGGUACGCGAUGAUUGAACUCGAGUGCCUGGCCGCCGCGUGGGGAAUGCACAAAUGUCGGCAAUUCCUGGAAGGACUGCCGUCCUUCGAAUAA